AUGCGAAGGCUUCUGCUCUGUCUUGCAAUUGGAUUGGCCAAUUGUGAGCCCAAUAAUGACGAGAUUUUGAAAAGUAGGACAUGAGUAAUUUUGUUAAGACAACUGCUUAGAGAUCGAAGAGGAUCCGGUGAACGCCUUUCUUGUACACCCAUUUGGGAAGCCAAAGUUGGCGUUCCAGCUGGAACGGAAUGACAGGCUUCCCCGACAUGUGGUUGUGCAUUCGUAUGACAUACGGAUUGAACCUUUCUUCGACUACUUAGGGUUUGAGUACGACAAAUGUAAGCCCAUUUGCAAAUGUGGAUUUGUCGGCGCUACGAUUUUUCGGGUCAGCGACAGUUCGGGUGAACGGUAGAUACAAUGGAUCGGCUCACAGGAGAAGUGCCCCAAGUGCGACGCUCAGAUUUUGAUGAAACUUGGCACAAAUUUAGAAUAUUUUUUCUAAAAUAUGUAUAUGCGACAAUUCUUGCUCGCGCUUUGCACAAACAGCCGAGAUUUUUAUGUAGAUCGAAAGUCGGCGAAAAUUUAAGACUCUUUGACGAAUUUCGGCACAAAAAGUUUCAUACCUAUUUGUACCAUAAAGGGUAGUGUUUCCACAAAAAAUCAAUAUUUUCCGCGUGAAACUAGCAAAGUUAUGGACAAAAAGUCCUUUUCGGCCUUCGCCGAGCAUCCAACGGUAUUUGUCAUUCCUCGUAGGCACUUUUUGCAAUUUUUUUUGGUAUUCACCUACUCUACACCCCGUAUCGAUUGAUUUUGUGUUCACCCAAGCUGUCGUCGUCCCAAAAAGUGGGGAUGCGGACUUUUUGGCCUCCCCGAGGCUUCCCUGUGUUUCUUUUUGCCCGACGAAACCGUCUCUCUUUCAGCACUCCGUGACACUUUCAACGGAGAAACCAAGAUCGUGUUCUCUGUCCUCCAACCCACCACCCAAAUUGUGUUGGCUUCAUCGGUCGAUCUCCAAGCGAUCAGCCUUACCUUGGGCCGCCAAAGAAUCAAGGUUCUUGAUUACGAAACGAAAGCGAAUUCACUUUUGGUAUUACGGACAGCCGAAGAGCUGGCACCACGUAAAAACUACACGCUAAACUUUAAAUAUUCGAGUCGUAUGCAGCGCGCAGUGUAUGGCGGCGUUUUCACUGCGGACUACCGGAAUCCGGAGGGAAAUUGGACGUGAGUUUCGGAGACGAGCCCACUAGAAGCAUUUCGAAAAUAUUGUUCUAGAGCCCUACUAGCCACACAAUUCGAAACAAUCAGUGCGAGAAAGGCGUUCCCAUGCUUUGAUGACCCAUGGUUCAAAUCCGUCUUCCACAUCUCACUGAUCCACCCGAGGAAUGCCAAAGUCUACAGCAAUGAGCAAAUCGCGGAGCAGCGGUAUUUCGAGUAAGUUGGGAGGCUCUCAGCGGCUGUUUGGGCAGCUGAAAGCAAUGCAAUUUGAUUUUGCCGCGACACAAGACAUUUCCUCGGCAUCGCCACACUUGCGGGCAACCAUUUUGCGGGCAGCUGACAUUUUUCGAUUAGAAUUACGAUCUUCCAACCGUAAGCUAUGCUGUACGAUGGAAAUUUUGCAUUGACAACUUCCUGGUACUGAUAAGUAAACGCAUCUAUAGAAUGCAUCCACUGCUUUCAAAGUUAUGAAAGUUUGUUUUCAAAAAAAUGAUAGAAAUGUCUGGUUAACCUGAUGAUGACUAUUCAAGCCACUGAUACACCUGGAGACUUAAUUGGCAACAUCUAACUGCCAGAUCCACCGCUUGAUCAUCCUGUUGUAAGUAAGUGUUGUUGUAUCCUUCACUGUGUACGUGUGAAGGAGUUGAUGUCAGCCAGUGGAUAAUAAAUAUAUAAUAGGUUUAUUAUCAGAUAGAAAUAACAAGAGAUGAGAUAUCAUUCACUGAAUAAUGAUAAAAACAACAACUGAAGUCCGAUUUCCCUUCCGAGCUUCGAGAAGCUUCGAAUGAAACGGAAUGCCAAUAAAUACAGUAAUCGUAGUUUACGUCUCGGGACUCGACAAUUGCUGGCUGAUUUCCAAACGAACCACGCAGAAUCUGCGUGGUUCUUCAGGCUGCCCGCAAAGGUGUUGCCCACAAGUCUGGGCCCGCCAUUUCCUCGGCAGCUAUGCGAUUUUCGGUGCGACAGUGUGCUCAUUAUUUACCGACAGACUGUUGAAAUCAGCAUGUUUCAGUGAGCAACGACUUCUCACCAGAUUCAAGCCCUCGCCGAAAAUGUCCACAUAUCUGGUCGCGUUUGCCAUCGGCGACUUCGAGGAGGUCGAAGCGUAUUCGAAGAGUGGAGUUUUGGUAGGAGAAACAAAAAAAAACUCUGCCAAAACGCGUACCGUAAAUCUCUCCUUUGCAGAACCGAGCAAUCUCCGUGCGCGGCCGAAAACCCUUCCUCAGAAACGGCGCGCUCACCGGCGCGGCGGUUGUGGAUGCGAUGGAGGGCCUGGUCAACGUCAGCUACCCGUUGAAGAAGCUGGGUAAGCGCGCGAUUUGCCACUUUUUCAAAUUUGUCAAUAACUUAAGCCAUUCGUUGAUGAUUUGCAGACCAUUUGGACAGUGUCGCAUUGCUGGGCGCCAUGGAGAAUUGGGGGCUGAUCAUUUAUGGCGGCACCGUAUACGAACGCCUCGGGAAGAACAUGGCAGAGUUGGUCCUAGACAGAAGGAUAAUUUGUCAUGAAACUGCACAUCAGUGGUAUGGGGAACCGAGAAAAGUUAUGUAGGAAAAACGUCAUUCUAGGUUCGGGAACCUCGUCACGGCCGAUCGCUGGGGCUGGGAGUUCAUUCACGAGUCUUUCGCCACUUUCUUCGAAACCAAAGCUCUUUUGGAUCCGGAUUUCAUGUAUCUUGCGGUAAGCUCAACCAUUUUAUGUAUCCAUUUUUUGCCAGGAGAUUGCCCAAGUCCCACUGAUUCGAAACGCCGUUGAAGGGUAUUCCAAAGCACGGCAUCCCAUCGUCGACGAUGUUGGGAGGUUUGACCGUAAGUCUUUUAACGGCUGUCUGAAUGGUCACCUUCUUCAGGGAUUACUUAUGCCAUUGGAGGGGCUUUGUUGACAUCGGUGCGACAUGCUCUUGGAGAUAACUUCUACAAAGGGCUGCAUAUAUUCUUGACCGAAAACAAAUACGGUAGUGCGGGAUUGGACACGUUGAUUGAGAGCUUCAUCAAGGUGAGGAAGGCGUUUUCAGGGGUGGCUCGUUAAUGCAAGACAAGAGGUUAACGCUUGUUUCGACUAGACAAAAAUUUAUUUCCUAAACCCUCAUGCCUUGCCGGUUGAGCUUGAACUCUCCCCCUUUUUCAACUUUCCCCCAAAAAAAGCGGAACUCUCCCCCUUUUUUGAUUUUCGCCAAAAAAUCGGGACUCCCUUUUUUUGAACACUCCCCCAAUUUGAAAAUUGAAAAAAAACGAAGUGUGACAUGUUACACGAUGAAAAUUUUUUUGAAAUUGAGAAAAAUUAGGUGUGACAUGUUAUACGAUGAAAAUUUUUUUCAAAUUGAAAAAAUGAGGUGUGACAUGUACGAUGGUAUAACAAGUCACACCUUAUCCCUUUCAAUUUGAAAAAAAAUUUCCAUCGUAUAACAUGUCACACCUAAUUUUUUCAAUUUUCAAAAUGAGGGGGAGUGUUCAAAAAGGGGGGGAGUUCAGAAAAGGAGGAGAGUUCAACGUACCUUGCAAGAGACAUCCAAAAUUCGGAGAGCCGCGGAUGCAGCGUUCUUCAACCAACAAUACCAAUAAUAAACUAAUGAUUUAACGAUUAUUUAUGUAGGCCAAAGGGACCGACAAACUUUGUGGUUCUCUAACCGUCACCGAGUAUUUGAAAGACUAUUUUCUUCGAACUGGCUCUCCGAUAGUCAACGUUACACUUGAAAACAAUCAGUACCGAAUAGAGCAAGACUCCGCGGCCAGCGACGGCAAGACCUGGAAUGUCCCGGUCUUUGUUCUGGACAUUGCAAACAAAAAAGAACAUCUUCUCUGGCUUCUCAAGGACAACAGUAUUUGCAGCCGGGACAACGUUAAACUAGACCCCCAGAAGGCGUACAUCUUCAACAACGAAGGAAAAGGCUUUGCAGUGUUCAACGUGAACGAUAGAGCGGCGUUGAAGACGCUCGAAAGUCUCAAAUUUUCGGAGCUCUCCGUUCACAACAUGCAGCAUCUUCUGGACCAUGUUCCCACUGGCACAAGUUAUGGCGACGUCAGCGAUAUCGCUUACGGGGCGAUUGUGGAGAAGAAGAGCAAAGUCCCGUACUUCCUGUUGCGCCAUGUCGACGACAAGGUGAGUGAAAAAGAGAGGGAGGAAAGACAUUUUGUAGAGAGAAUUGGAGGUCUGGAAUAUACUCAGCGAUGAUUUCGACUACAAACCUACAGUGGAGAAUAGGUGGGUUUGAGGUCGAGUUAUAUGGUGUACGCAUAUCAGACGUCAUUCACUAAAAAUUUUGGUCCGCGCUUUCCAAAAGGCGGCCGAGAAAAUACGCGAGAACGGUCAGAGAAAGAAACAUUUUUUGGCCAAAUCUUGGCCAGCUUCGCGCUGAAAAAAUCGAUUUUUUGUGGAAAUAUUGCACUUCGCGGUAGAAAUAGACAUAAAACAUCUCAAAACCCGCAAAAAAUUUCUCCUUUUCCCACCUUCUACCUAAGUUUGUCGUUUCUACACAGCACAAGCUAGGAAUGCCUCUAAAAUCGGCAUACAGUGGGGGACCUGAUCCAGUGGCAAAAAACGUACCGUUUUCCAUCCGGGAAGUAUCAAAAAUGUGGCAGAAAACGUACCGUUUUCCAUCCGGGAAGUAUCAAAAAUGUGGCAAAAUACCUCCCUCUCCAAGUGAAAGAACUCCGGUUUCAAAAGCGCGUCCGCUAUUUUUGUGAGGGAACCCUUCAAAACGAAGUUUUUUCACUUGGCGAGGGAAGCAUUUUGCCACAUUUUUGAUGCUUCCCGGAUGCAAAAUGGUACGUUUUUGGCCACUGGAUCAGGUCCCCCACUGCAACACAAAACCAUAAAUUUUCAGACUGCUCGGCGGGUACUUCCUCCAGCCAGCUGUUCGAGCCAAUGCUACAAGCGCUGUACGCGAAACCGCCAAGCUUUUCGAGCAAUUCAAACGGGAUUGCGCGGUCGGCAAGGACAUUGUGGAAUGCCCAAGGUGAGCCGAGGAAGUGAAAACAAAACGAAAUUCGUUCAGAAUUGUUCCGGAAUACCGCCGCGCGGUCUACGAUCAAGGCGCCAAAACCGAAGAAGGUCUGAAGUUUUUGAGGGACUAUCGAAAAAGAAUCGAAGCUCAUCCGUUGCAGGAGUGGAUGACGCCAGAACAAAACCGCCUCCAGUACUAA